AUGUCAGUAAGGAGACUUCAGAAGGAGCAGAAGAUUCUUGUUACAGAGAUGGACAACCAUUGGAAAUAUCUUUCAACUAGUGCUGAGACCCUCCGAGAACUGUCCUGCUUGUUUGCCAGUGAGACACUGAAAAACAUAGCCAUGGUGGUGGGUUACCUGGUUAUUAGCCGGCCGUUCCUGGACCUCACAAACCAGCGGCAUGUGAACAGCACAUACUCUGAACGGCUGGAAGUGCUGAAGGAAUAUCUGGACAAUGUCCAGCUGGGACAUAUCCUGGAGAGAGAGGCCAGCUGGGACAGUGUGCAGGACUGGAUGGAUGUCCUCAGUGGAGGAGAGAAACAGAGGAUGGCUAUGGCUCGUCUGUUUUACCACAAGCCCCAGUUUGCUAUUCUGGAUGAGUGCACCAGCGCUGUGGAUGUGGAGGACUUCAUCUACAGCCACUGUCAAAAGGCUGGCAUCACACUGUUCACAGUCUCCCACAGGAAAUCACUAUGGAAGCACCAUGAGUAUUACUUGCAAAUGCAUUGGAAGAGGAAACUAUGAGUUUAAACCCAUCACGAAGGA